GUCCCACAUCACCUCAUCAAAUAAACAAGCUCUAUAUAUCUCAGAUAUUGCCUCCAUUUGAUCUCUUCAAACAAAUAUUCACUCCUUCAAAAAAUAAAAUAAAAAUCACAAUUCUCGCAGCAAAUGGGCGAGCAAGUUGAGAAAAACAAUGAAGGAGAGAAGGCGGCGGCUGAGGCGGAGGGCGCCGAGAAGGCGGCAGCGGGAGGCGGUGGAGAGAGAAAAGAGGGCCCCACCACGGUGGUGUUGAAGAUGGAUUUACAUUGCCAUGGCUGUGCCAAGAAAGUGAGGCGAUCCAUCAGCCAUUUACCAGGGGUGGAGACGGUGAAGGCCGACUUUGACGCCAAGAAAUUGACGGUGACGGGAAAUGUGGACCCCGCCUGGCUCCGGGAGAAAGUUGAGCUCAAGACCAUGAAGAAAGUGGAGCUCAUCUCCCCUCAGCCCAAGUCCGACGACAAGAAGGCUGGUGAGGUGAAGAAAGCAGAGGGUGAUAUUAGCAAGCCCAAAAAGGUUGUUGUUAGCACUGUGACCAUGAAAACAAAGUUGCACUGUGACGGAUGCGCGCAUAAAAUAAAGAGGAUUAUAAUUAAGAAUUUUGAAGGUGUUGACUCAAUAACAACUGAUCUACAAAAGGAUUUGAUCAUUGUGAUCGGAACAAUGGACGUAAAUAAUUUGGUUACAUAUCUAAAAGAGAAGCUAAAAAGAGGAGUUGAGAUCGUUCCUCCAAAAAAAGACGACGGCGCCCCUGCCGCAGAGAAGAAGGCGGCCGAAGGCGCUGUCGUAGAAGAGAAAGAGAAAGCUAAGGGCGUUGGCGAAGGUGAAGGAAAAGAAGAAGUAAAGAAAGAUAAGGAAAGCAACAUCGUCGGAGAAAGUGAUGAAAAGAAAAAAGAGGGUGGUGGCGGCGACAAAAAAGGAGUUGAGUCGAAACUGGUGGCAGCGUCUGCGGCGGAGGCCGGCACGGGCGAAACUAAGGUGGAGACGAACAAGAUGGAGUAUCAUAAUAGUUACAGUCCACAAACGCACUAUGCCAUGCCCAUGGUGAUGUAUGGACAUCAGGACUAUGACAUGCGUCAUCAUGAAAGUCGUGCCAAUAUGGGCUACUACAUGGCCGGGCCUCCUCUGCCGCCGCCUACGUACUUGAGCGCGGAUGCGAACGAUAAUAUGUUUAGUGACGAGAAUCCUAAUGGAUGCUCCGUAAUGUAACUACGUGGAAUAAUAUGCUACAUGCCUUCACCUAUAGAGUUUCAAUUUUUAAUUGUGAGAAAUAGAAAGUGCAAUUAAUAGUGUAACAUAGAGUAUAUACUUCUCAUUCGGAAAAAUAUUGAGUAAACCUUUUGUAUUA